AUGGGACAACGAUUCUUCAGCAGCAUCUUCAAUGAGGAAAUUAAAGUUUUGCGUGCGAAAUUCGGUCCGCAAUUCAGAGAUUAUGCGGAAAUACUCGCAGAUUCCUCCUAUGUUUUCACGAAUUCAAAUCCAUACCUCGACUAUCCUCGUCCGAUGCUCCACAAGACUGUUCCACUUGGAGGAAUCACUGUUCAUACUGAUCCUAGAAAGAACGUUCUGACAAAGGAAUGGGACCGCAUACUUAGCGAGAGAAACACCACCGUGCUGGUAUCAUUCGGUACAGUGGCCAAAUCGAUCUACAUGCCGGAUGAGUACAAGAGAACUCUACUGGAAGUGUUCGAAAGUCUGCCUGAAACAACAUUUAUAUUUAAGUACGAGGACGAAAGCUCACAAAUGGCGGCGCACCUGAAAAACGUUCACCUCAGCUCUUGGGUGCCACAAAAUGCACUUCUUGCUGAUCCUCGCUUAACGGCUUUCAUCACCCAUGGAGGCCUAGGCAGCGUCAUCGAGCUUGCUUAUUUGGGGAAACCGGCAAUAUUCAUUCCAAUAUUUGCCGAUCAGACCAGAAAUGCCCAUAUGCUCUCCAAACACGGUGGAGGUAUUGUUUUGAAUAAGGUCGCAUUGGAGCAUCCACAACUACUCAGAGAGUCUCUGAGAAGAAUCUUCAAUGAUGCAAGCUUCUCCCGGAAUGCCAAGCGUCUUUCGCAGAUGCUCAUAAAUCAGCCCAUCAGUGCUAAGGAACUUCUCAUCAGACACAGCGAAUUUGCUGCCAAAUUUGGACGCUUGCCAAAUCUCGAUCCGUAUGGACGGCAGUUAUCCAUUUUCCAUGAUGCCUACAAAUUCCUCGUCUACUCUCCUUUAUUCGGCUAUUCCCACACAAAUUUCAUGGGAGCUAUAGCAGAUAUACUCACGGAAGCUGGACAUGAUGUGCGGGCUAAGACUGGAGUAAAGCUGACAAAGAAAAUCAUCAAAACACCCAUAGAUCCACGUGUAGAGGAGAUGAUGAGAUAUAAGUCAAUUAUGCUCAGCCACAUGUGGACAGUGCAGCCGAGCAUUUACGGGCUCAUACAGAGUGCAAAAAACAUGACGGCUUCGUUCACCUACCUCUGCGAACAUCUGAUAUCCGACGAUGCCCUAAUUAGGCGAUUGGCUGAUGAGAAGUUCGACGUUGGCAUCGCUGAAGCCUUCAGUAUCUGUGGUCUCGGAAUAUUCGAAGUGUUGAAGAUCCCGUCAUCAAUCUCCACGUUUUCUGGUGUUCAUUUGGAUAUCAUAUCGAACAGCAUUGGAGAACCAAUAACACCGAGCUAUGUUCCUGGAGCAAUGUCUACGAAAGGUGACCGCAUGAACUUCAUUGAUCGGCUGAAAAAUCUUGUGGACACGGUAAUGGGACAGCGGUUUUUCAGCGGCACCUUUGUCGAAGAGAUCAAAGCUUUUCGGUCGAAAUUUGGUCCACAGUUCAAAGGCUAUGAGGAAAUACUCGCGGAUGCCUCGUAUGUGUUCACUAACUCGAACCCGUACCUCGACUAUCCUCGUCCGAUGCUCCACAAAACAGUUCCACUAGGCGGAGUUGCUGUCCAUAUCGAUCCCAAAAAGAAUGUUUUGAAUGGAAUAGCGUACUUGAGCGAGAGAAACACCACCGUACUGGUCUCAUUCGGUUCAGUGGCCAAGUCCAUCUACAUGCCAGAUGAAUACAGGAAAACGUUACUGGAAGUUUUUGAAAGCAUGCCUGAUACCACCUUCAUAUGGAAGUACGAAGCUGAAGGUUCACAAAUAGCAGCCCAUCUUGAGAAUGUUCAUCUCAGCACUUGGGUGCCUCAGAACGCACUCCUUGCUUUUCCCACAAUGCUAAGCGGCUUUCUGAGAUGCUCAAUGAAUCAGCCAAUCAGCGCCAGGCAACUUCUCAUCAGGCACAGUGAAUUUGCCGCAAAGUUUGGACGACUGCCAAAUCUCGAUCCCUAUGGACGACAUUUGUCGAUGAUCGAGUAUUUCUUAAUCGAUAUUUUCCUUGUUGCUGCCAGCACCAUUCUUGUGAUUGGAUUUGUUGUUGUUAGGAUUGUUAGGAGAUGUUUUGCUGGUAAAACUAAAAGUAAAAAGGAAUAG